AGCCUAAGUUACAGUGCACAACAAAAGCCCACAUUUCACCUGCGUGACUAAGAGUUUAGAAACUUGCCACUACAACACAAGAACCUGAAGCCGGAGGAACCACCGCGAUGCGCAAUUACGCACAGGGCUAGAGGAAUUCUGUGUGUUUUUGUUUCUCCUCCAGGGGUUUCGCAUUUCUCCUUUUACAGAGCUGAUAUAUGCACGACGUCAUCAGUGCAGCUGCAGCCUGUCCUCACCUGUAAACUCUGAACUCAUCCAGUCGUCUGUGCGCACUGGACAGGAUGGGAUGCUCCACAAGUUCCCAAACUUCAGCGGUAGAUACGACUCGACCCAGUGCUAAGCCCGAGGAGAGCAACGGAGCCAGCACUACAGGGACGGCCAAUGAGAAUGGCAAAGUAGCUGAAGACAGUGAAACUAUUCCAGACCAGACACCUGCUGACGGCGGCGAUGCUAAACCUAAAGAGGAGCCUGCAGCAGCUGCCACAUCUGCAGACAGCACCAAUGCAAAUCCACCAGCAGCAGCAGCAGCAGCAGCAGCAGUGGAGUCUCAGCCUGCAGAUGCCAGUCCAGCUGCAGAAACAGCAGCAGCAGCAGAAACAGCAGCAGCAGCAGAAACAGCAGCAGCAGCAGAAACAGCAGCACCAGCAGAAACAGCAGCAGCACCUGAGGAAACAGCAGCAGCACCAGCAGCAGACAGCACUGCUGAGACAGCAGCGAGCUCCUCAGAGGCUGCCGGUGCAGCUCCAGAGCAAGAUAAAGGAGAGGCCACAGCAACUGAUUCAGAGCCCAAAACAGAGGAAGCACCAGCUCCCAGCGAGUGAAGUGCAACACCAGUGACUGCACGGAUGAGUUUUGCGUCUCACCUUGUCUGUAUGCGUGAGUGAAAGUAUGUCUGGGUGUGAAAGACAUCGCCUUGUUGCCAAGAUGCAGACCCCGUGACAACCGCUUUCAGUCAGGGUCCUCGGUCACCACUGUGCCUUUUAUUCCUCUUUCUCGAUGGUGAAUGGCUGCAAUUUCUACUGUACAUAGACAGAGUUCUACAGCACUUAGUGGGAGUGUUUAUUUUCAGAGGAUUUAUCUGUUGAAAUUUCUAUUUAUUAACUGUAUAGGAAUUUAUAUUCGCUAUACUAUACUAUGUCUUUAACCUGAGAGUCCAUAAUUCUUUAAAAACCAAAGCCAAAGUAUAUUUAAGAUAUAAAAUUAUAUUCUUUUUGGGUAGCUGGCUUUGAUUUUCUGACCAUAUUUGUAAUGAAGCUGCUGCAAUUAAACUGUAUUGAGUCCAGCUGAUUUAGAAAAUGAAUUUCUGAUUAGCAUGUAUGAGGUAAGAGUAAACCUGAGAGCUUUGUCUGGUUUCUGAGGUAUCAUGACAUCUCUCUGGGCAGAAAAUCUGUAAUAAACUGUCAAAAAAUUAAAAAGGCCACCUUAAAAAAUAAC